AGCCGAGGCGCGGCAUCCUCGGCAGAGCUCCCCGGCCCUGAUCCGCUGCAGGCAUGGAAGCGGCAUGCGAGGAGCGCCAAUCGCAGCCGGUUUCCCUGCCCGGGGGUGGGGGUGGGGGGGCGAGUUUGCAUAACCAGCCCGUUGCGCAAGUGCCACUUAGGGGGUCAGCGGGGGAAACUUGGCUCGAGGGGACAUCUUGCAUUUUUCUGUGGAGCCCAGCAGCUAACCUGGCUGCACUCGAGAGAGGCCGGCUUGGGGGAAGGGAAGGGAAGUCGGCUACAGGAGGGAAAUGGCGGCGGAGCAGCCCUUGAACUUGAAGCGAGUUCCCGGGUAACUACGAUUAUUCCCCCGCGAGCGCAACGGACGGUAGCCGUCGCCUUCACCCCAAACUCUGGCCAAGCGACCCUGCUUCCAAGGCGCCUUUAAACGUCUGCCCUUGCGCAAGAGAUCUGCUAGGAAAGACUUCGGCUCGCUACAUCCGCUUUUUACACACACAAAACUUUCCAGCUCUUUCGCCUGGAACCGGCUCCGCCCUGGAGAUCUGAACCUCCUCCCACACCCAGCCGCCCGCGUUACUGGGCUGGGUAACUGGUGGGGCACGGGCGCCCCCCGGAGCUCCUCUGGCUCCGGCCGCCUUCACCCUCCGCUCCCGCUUUCUUUCAGGCAUGGCCCGAUGAAGUUUCGGGCUGCGCGGUAAGGAAGGAGGAGGGUCUGCGGGGCAGCAGUUCGCGGACCCGAGGUCCUUUGAGGGCGGCGCGGAAAAGCCCUCGGUUUGCCACGGCGAAGGUGUCGUCCUACCUGAAGCCAUCGCGGCCCCUGCGGAGGCGUCGGGCGGCAGGUACCGGGAAACGGAGGGGGGAGUCUCCUUUUGCCGAGCCGCCGCCGCCCCGCAGCUGGAGAGGAAGCCGGCCCCUGGCAGCCCCUGGGAGCGGGGGCGUUUCACGAGCACUUCCUGGCCCAAAGUCCCACCCCGGAGCAAGUGCUCGGCUUCUUUCUGAGAGGUCCGCCCGAGGAACUACUUUGGCCCGGCUGAGGGCUUCAGGGCGGCCGAGUGCUGGCGGGGAAGGUGCUGCUGUCACUGGCCCCGAGGAGAAGCAGCCGCAUUAUAUAAGAGCAGAAGUGAAGAUGCUACACCCACUGGGCAUGCCGGCAUUGCAAAAUCAAAUCGUGGCGCACAGGUAGGGCGGCCCAAGCCCCGCCCCGUGGCCGGCGGCGGCGGCGCCGAACAAAGGAGUUUCAUCCGGCUUGUGGAAGUGCCGCCAUCUCGCGGCGGUGUAACUAGAAGUCAGCCGCAUGUCAAGAAAGGGCGCGAAAUGUGCCACAUCCCCCCCCCAACACACACACGCACAAAGAAUCCUGGGAACUGUAGUUUCUCCCUCAAAGCGCUACAUCUCCCGGCCACCCUUGGCCAACUACAGUUCCCGGAGUUCUUUGGGGGAAGUGCUGUCCUUUCAAGGUGUUAUGCACUGAAGUUCUCACCCUGGGCCAGCAGGGGGUUACUGCGGAUAGUUUUCACUCAGGUCCACAUAUGCAAAUAAGGGUUUGAAAGUGAGGUUCAGUGAUUGGAUAGUUACAGAAAAUGGUUACUGUUGUGUUCUAGUGGAGCUCUAUAUAAGCAAGCUGGCUGAACCCUUCAGUUCUGUUCUGGCCUGUGAAUAAACAAGAGCUGUUUGAAGAAUCGCUGUGUUGUCUGACAUGUUCACCCACAACUUAACACAAUGCAUGGUGUGUGCUUCUUGAAACUGACCUCUUGAACGAAGGAAUUGAGAAGGGAAACUGCGACCUGAAAGCGCCGAAUUGCAGUUCUUUGAGAGGUUCUGCGAUAACAACUGUGACUUGAGUCAGGAUAAAGUUCAGUCACGUGCACACACACUUUAUUUAUUCAUUAGCUCAUCCAGUGCCAGGAUGCCUGAUUUAUCAUCAACAACGGUUUACCCAAUCGCCAGUGUUAGAUUCCCUUCUGUACUUGCCGCAUUUCAUUUUCGUCUGACCUCGCAGUUCAGAAUCCCUUCACCAUUUGUAUAUACAACCUGUGACUCUGGGUAACACUUCACACAUCUGAUGAGGUGGCUUCUGAGCUAAUGCCAGAAUAAGUUCGUUGAUCUUUUAAAGUGCCACGAGACUCUGUUGUUUUUGCUGCAACAAACCGCUGUCCCUCCGGAAAGUGAAGUGUGCAGUCCUCCCCGGCAGGGCUUCUCAACAGCAAAGUUUCCUGGCAUUUAAAAAAAAGUGGAGUUAGUGUUGUGAUAAAUUACGUGUUGGUGCCCUUCCCUUUUAGUCAUAGGGACAUCAUUCAUCUUGAAUAACAGCUCCUUUUCAUUCUGAAUUAAUCCAGAACAACAUGUCUUGCUUAACAUAUCACCUGGAUUACUGUCCUCUUGCCCCAGAGUACCGAAUGAAAGAAGGGAGUGGGGAGGGAUUUAGAGGACAUGUACAACCCCAAACAAAGGCAGAAUCAAGCUGCAAUCAUAAUCAUACUUAUAAAUAAAUCCCCUGUAUUUAGACAAUAAUUAAUAUUUAUUCAAUGAUAUCAAGGAGAAUAAAGAUUCCAUGGGAGAGUGACCAAGUAAUGAAAUCACAGAUACAGCUUUGGCAUUAAAAUGUAAUAAACACAAUAGCAUCUGGUUUCAUUUAAAAAUGUUUUGCACUUUUAGUUUUCAUAAAACUUGCAUGUUUACUCAUGUGGGCAUUUUCUUUCUUUCAUAGGGGAAAAAAGAAUUUGUAUCUUUGUUUCCUAGUAAUCCUUGGCCUCAUAACCCAGUGUUCUCCACAUCUUGUGCAGGCAUUCACACAGCAUGUGAAUUGCUCUGCAGCGCUCCCUAAAUCAUGCAUGUCACAGUGAAUAUUAUCAAAAGUUAUACUGUACAACAUACAAUCUGGAGUUUAAGGAUAGUAGUCAACGUAAGUUUUAUGCAGAGUAGAUAUAUUGAAAUGAAUAAUUUUGUUCAUGAAUUUCAGUGGAUCUACUGUCCCUCAGAUACUCGGAGUAAAAUUUGGUUGAAUGCCACUCUAAUAUAUUUGUCCUACAUACAUACAUAAUUUAUUUGUAUGCCACCUUUCCACAGUUCAAACCGUGUUCAAGGCGGCUUACAACAUGAAAAAAAUGCAUGACUACAACAUAAGUUGUCAUAAACAAUAACACAUUUUUAAAAAUACACAACCAAACUGAACAAUUUCCACAUAUGAUGUGCCCCUCGUCAGCUGACUUUCUGCAGACCUCAUUUUUUGUAAGCCCUAGAAAGACUUGUAACACAGCAUACCAGUCUCAUGAGUCAUGAAAUAAAAGUUUCUAUUUUCAUUCUGAAAUAACAUUUUCUACAUUUUUCGAAUUGCAUAAUGGCUCACCUUAGGUGUUUUCCAUUAUGCCUGCUUCUUUUUUUUUUUUUUUUUUUUUUUUUUUGCUAAUUUUAAUCAUCCAGCCUCAGAAAGAGUCCUACAGAGCUUCCUGACUAUUUUAUAAUCUUUUGAUUGGUCCUAAGCAAGUUAAUGUGUCCUACUUUCCUAUUUUUUUAAACUCUAAUGGACCAACAUAGCUGCAAACAUAAAUAAACCACUUUGCUUUGAAGGUUAUUUUUCAGUUUAAAAGGCCAGAAAAAUGUCAUCCGAAAGGAUAUUUCCCAUGCAGGUUUACACAUGGUGAGGUACCUCUGGCCUGCGGGUCAGACUUGGCCCAUUAAGGAUCCCCAUUUGGCCCCAUACAUGCCCUUUUCCUGAAACCACACCUACCUGUUCUACACCUGAUGUCAAACGCAACAUUCGGUGAGGGGAAGGCAGAGAUUCCACUGCGGAAAGCACAAAACUUGGGCAGUAUCUCUACCCCCUACCACCUUCACAACCAAGGGCCAACUUUAACAGGUUCGUGGGGCAACCCACCUGUCAGAGUUGGCCUGCUGAGUUGGGAUAGAUAAAUAUCUGGCCCAUCAGACCAAAAAGUUUUCCUACCUCUGUAGUAUACAAAAACUGCUGUGCGUGGCUUAACCACUCUUGUCCCAUGUACAUGUGUGAACUAGGACCUAUGUAUUUUGGCACUAAUCUGGAAAUUUACCGUUGGAAUUCAGCACCAUGCUAAGGCAGUUGUUCUGUCAGCCCAAGCAUUUAUGUUUGCCAGAUAGAAUGAGCUCCCUCCUCCCCUGCUUGUCAUUUUGGAGGUUCUGCUGACCCAAGCAGGUUUGGAGAGGGCACGGGUGGGGGGCGGAGAGGAAGAAGAGGAGUCCCAUUAUACUAGCAGGAGUUGUUAUGCUGGCUUCUGCUAGUGCUGGCUUCUGCUAGUGUUGAAUCGAACCCAAUAUAUUUAUAUAUAAACCUGUGUUUCAAUAUUUAGAUGCCAGGCAGAAAUAUUCCUCUUCUCCCAGGUCUUUGGCUAAUUAAACAAUCCAUGGCCUUUUAAAGUGUGGGUGGGAAAUUGUUUUUGCUUGUUAUGUAUUUUUAUGUUGUGAAUCUCUCUGUGAUCCUCGGAUGAAGGGUGGUACAGAAAUUUAAUAAAUUAAAAUAAAUCUAUAAAAUGAAUGCCUGUUUUUUUAAAAAAUGGUACCCUCUAACUCCUACAACCAGCACUGGUUCUCUCACUAGAUGUUUCCAGUUGUUAUUAUUGUGCUUUAUCGCACCCUUCUCCUUAUGCACUUAAGAACACCAGGACUCAUAGUCCUCAAGAGAGCAUGUCAGAUAGGAGAAGCACAAAUCUUUCUGUUUUUCAAGCUACAGGUGAACUUAAAAGGCACUAGCACACUUUCUCUGUUCUAGCGAAGAUCCUAUUGUUCAGAAUGUUGUUCUCAACACUGGUUCUGAUUGGCUCCAGCAAAUCUUAUCAGAUCUGGACAGUAAGGUACAAAGCUAAAGGAAAAUUAAUUUAGCAUCAGUUUCAUGGUCAGGAGGUUGCAAAAUAUCUGCUGGGUUGCAUCACAGGUGCAGCCAGUUCUGCUUGCCUUCAAAUGAGAGGGGGAGGAUUAACCCUGUCCUGGUCAGCAAACCAGACCAGCCAAGAGCUCAAAUGCUUCUUUGGCAGGCUGCCACCUUUUUGUGUUUUCAUUUAUUUCAAUAUAAAUUCAAAAUAUUACCAGUCAUAUAUUUUCAAUAUGCUCACAUUCUCAAUUUCAUGCCCAGGACAAGACAUUUCUGUCAAGUAGCUUUUAAGUGCUGUACAUCACAUUUUACAUCCACAAAUGUAAUAUCAGUUCUUAAAAAGGUAAAGGUAAAGGGACCCCUGAGGUGUUUAUUAAUUUUGUCCAGUUACAAUUCCCUCAACCUAUAUUGCCGUUAUAAUGAUUUAUAUAUUUUCAAAAUAAUUUGUCUCAAAACCUCCUUGAUUCUACCACCUUUUUUAAAUCCAGAAAAUUAGCUUUGCUAGUUUGAUCUACAGCUACUUCCAAUAUCCUCCCUUCUUUCAUUGCUGGGGCUUCUGCCUUUCAAAAGUUCUGUGCAAUUAAAACUUUGGCUGCUAUUAAGAAAGAAGAGAUUUGUUCAUUUCCUGCUUCUGCAUCUUUCACCUUUAUGCACCCUACCUUUCAUUGGAAAAUGAGGAAUACAGACUCAUCCCUGCAGAUAGCUAGCAAUUCCUAGGUUCUCUUGCAUAAGGUUAACCACCAGUCGGGGCUAGAGGGUAUUUCCUUGAAACAUCUACCUAGGAAGACAUGAUUAACUGGAGCAUUGCAUUUGUAGAGUGAUAAAAUCUUACAACGCACCCAUUCACUACUCAUGGACUUAUGUGCCGCGUCUUGUAAUCAAUUAUGUAAUCAAUCAAAUGGUGUGCGUGUGUCUUGUAAUUGAUAAGUAUUUUAUUCAAGUUGGCACCCCUGGGCAGAGCUGCCAUACGAAGACGCAGGAAGGGACACUGUGUGGCUGCGUAUUUGCAUGGAAGCACAGGGACUGGAAAAUAAUCCUCUAGAAAAGGAUGCUUUGGAGAGGGAUGGAGGAAAGGAUUCCCAAUCUCCUUAAAGAGGAGGAAGAGGAGGAUAUGGGUUAGGUGGAGAUGAAGAGAACUGUUGUUUUGGAAUGGGAUGGCUCCUUACUGUUGAGGUUCAUGAAAGACCUUGCCUGAAGUAUAUUUGUGGAUGUAAAAUGUGAUGUACAGUCCCCUUAGUGGUUUGUCUCCUCAUGACUGGAAAGUUUAUAUUGAGCAAUAAUGUUGUGGAAGAUCCCUCUCCCUCUGUGUGUAUGUAUAUAAACAUCUGCAGCAAAUGUGGUGAGGUUGCUAUGUAGCUCCUAGGCAAAGGUACAAGGGAGACUAGGUAUGCCUCUGCUCGAGUUCCCAGCCCAAAGGAGGAGUAAUUUAGAAAACAAAGAGAAUAAAAUAAAAUGUAUUCGCUCCUCCCACAAACUUCUUAAACUCAGGAAACAUUUGUAAAGGAUAAGGUACAAAACUGUUGAAUAAGUUGGCAAUCCAGUGCACAUCACAUUGGAGUAGGUCAGAGGCAGUUUUAGGGUAGCCUGACCAGUCCGGCCAUGCUGGCCACAGGGACCAAUGCAACAGUUAUGUAGAAUGGAGUACGAAGAGUGGGGGGGUACCAAAUGUUAGUGUUGCACAGGGCACUGUUGACAUUUGAGAGCCCAAAGUCCGCCACUGAGUAAGUCCAACUGAAUUCAGCAGAUCUUAAGGAAAGACUCUUUAUCAUUAUAUGGUGUGGAACCCUUUUGACCGAAUCUUGACAAUUAAGAUACAGAAAUGCAUUUGCAGAUGCAAAUAUUACUAUUCACAGCAUCAUCUUCUGAGACACCCGGCACGCAGCAGUCUUCCCUCCAAUUAGUGAGGUUCCAUUUUUAGGUAUUAGGGCAAAUAGCCAAUGAAAGAGGUCUCUCCCAUCAACUUGAGCUACGACCUGGCUGAUAAACAUUUCAAGGACAAUUUGAGUUCUGCACCACCAAAAAGAAGAAGAUAUGCAUCCUUUAAAAAAAGAAGACCCCAAUCUGUAUAAUAUUUGCAUAUGGUAAUGUUUAAGUAUAUGUGCAAAUUUAAAAAUAAUUACUAUAAUUUAAAUAAAAAUACAAUACUUCUUGUCGUAAUGGGGAAGACACCCUGUGCCUGUUUCGUCUGAUGACCAGGAGAUGCUAACUGUUGAUGGGCAAUUUCUGCUCUCCCUUUUCAUUCCUUCUCUUUAAACCAGACUUGGGACACCUUCAAAUAGAGGGCUGUCCUCUUGACUGCCCUUCAAAAUAGAGGACUGUUGAUACAGACUUUGAAGGUGACCUUUAAACUACAACUAAUCCAGAAUGCAGCAGCUAGACUAGUGACUGGGAGUGGCUGCCGAGACUACAUAACACCGGUCCUGAAAGACCUACAUUGGCUCCCAGUACAUUUCCAGGCACAAUUCAAAGUGCUGGUGCUGACCUUUAAAGCAGUAAACGGCCUCCACCCAGUAUACCUGAAGGAGCGUCUCCACCCCAUUGUUCAGCCCGGACACUGAGGUCCAGCUCUGAGGGCCUCCUGGCAGUUCUGUCACUGCGAGAUGUGAGGUUACAGGGAACCAGGCAGAGGGCCUUCUCAGUGGUGGUGCCCACCCUGUGGAACACCCUCCCAUCAGAUGUCAAGGAAAUAAAGAACUAUCUGACUUUUAGAAGAUAUAUGAAGGCAACCCUGUUUAGGGAAGCUGUUUUAAUGUUUGAUGUUUUAUCGUUUUAUUAUUAUUAUUAUUAUUAUUACUAUUAUUAUUAUUAUUACAGUGGUACCUCAGUUUACAUACGCUUCAGGUUACAGACUCCACUAACUUAGAAAUAGUGCUUCAAGUUAAGAACUUUGCUUCAGGAUAAGAACAGAAAUCGUGCUCUGGCGGCGCGGCAGCAGCAGGAGGCCCCAUUAGCUAAAGUGGUGCUUCAGGUUAAGAACAGUUUCAGGUUAAGUACGGACCUCCGGAAUGAAUUAAGUACUUAACCUGAGGUAACACUGUACUCUGCUGGGAGCCAUGCAGAGUGGCUGGAGAAACCCAGCCAGAUGGGCGGGGUAUAAAUAAUAAAGUAUUAUUAUUAUUAUUAUUAUUAUUAUUAUUAUUAUUAUUCACAGUUAAGAUAUUUAUUAAUUUUAAUUUUUCAUCCACAUAUUUAGGAGGCUUCACAACCACACAACUCCACUCUAAUGCUCCAUCUGCCUUCGUGUGUUUACUGCUACUAGUUAUUUUCUCCUCACCUAUUUCGGUCUCCGCCCCUCACAGAAAUCACAGGAGGCUAAGCAAGGUCCAUAAAUUAAGACAAACAAAUUUCAGUGUCAGGAUUAGAAACCUGUUUCAGGCAAUUGCUUUGUGAAAUCACUUUAAUCCUUGGACCGAGAACGGGGUAUUUUUAGAACGCCAGCUCUGAGCAAAGGGAAUUCCACAUGCUCACCAACAUGUGGCUGUUCUCAAGGCUUGGUGACAGACUGACUCUACAGCAAAACCAGGGGAGCAGGUAAUAUAACAAUAACUGAAUGGCGACUGGAAUAUACAGGAGCUAUAAUGAAACUGUAGAAUCCCAGAUGGGAUACACAUCAUAUUACUAUCUUUUUCCUGAUUCAGAAAGGAAGAUCUGUGUGUUGCUGAAGCAACACAAUAUGCCUUUAGAUACAGGUGGGCACCCAUCUGUUUUGGACUAUAACUCCCAUCAGUCCCGGGCAGCAUGCUCUGCGAUUUGCAGCCAAAAACAUAUGAAGGGCACCAGGUUGGGGAAGCCUGGCUUAAUGUGGAAGAAAUCCCUCACUUUUUCCAAUAUAGUAAUCCUAAAGCUUAUGGCUCAUGUGGCUCCAUUCCCUAGCCUCUCUGAUCUAUCUUAUAAACAUGCCCUUCUUCCUAUAACUACUUAAGGUUAAAAGCAAACGUUUUAUUAUCUACAGCAUUUUAGAAAGUUAUUUGUUGUGCACCUCUUAAGAUAGUGUAACCAGAUUUUGCACGAUUAUUCCUGAACUGAGAUCAAGGAACAGGCUUUUGUCUGUGUUUGGACAACAACGACAACAACAACAACAAAAUUUAUAUCCCGGAUACAAUUGGAUGGUGUUUUGAAUCGAGAUGGCAGCAUGAACCUUUCAAAACCGUGGGUUUUAAGUACUGAUUUCAAAACUGCAAUGAACUUUUGGUUUCUUAGAAUUCCUGAGUAAUGCUGGGUAUGAGGCUGCUAGUAUUCAGUUAUACCGUACUAGUCAAUUGGCACCAUAUACUCAGACUCCAUUAACACAAAGGUUCUAUGAAAUAAGUGGACAUCAGCUGUGCAUUUGUAAGUGCUCAGCCAAAUCACCUUCCAGGGCAUGCAUCCAAUUAAUUGAAAAUAAGAUUCAAUGACUGACAGACAGAACGACAGACAGACAAUGUGUUCAGUGAGAAUGAGGCUUCCUGACGUAGGACAGAAUGUCCCUAUUUUCAUCUAAGAAAUGUUAAGAGGGUAUGUAACAGAAGGGGGGCAGGAGUACAGGGCUGUGGGGAAAGUGGCUGGGGAGAACACCUGUCAGUGGGGUUAUCAGACUGGGAGCAUUAAGAAGGCCUCCUCCAGCAGGCAUCGGCCCAGCACACACACAGAGAGAGUGCGCACAGAGAUCUCCUGAUCCUUCUAGAACUGCAAACCUCCCAAGAUGUAGGAGUUUGCUGCAGGAGGGGGGAGGAUUUUGUGAGCAAAGCCAGCAGUUUAAAGAGCUUAAGUAGCAGGAUAGAGAGAAGCAUGAUUAGCGGGUGCAAUUCUGCUUGCCAGCACUUAAGGAUUAAACUCACUCGUUCCCCACCUCAGUGAAUUAUCUUAUUCCUCAGAAGAGCCAGGGCUGCACAGAGGAAAAAGGAAAGAGAGGAGUGCAUUUUGUUCUUCAUUUAUCCCAGCCCUAAUGCCCAGAAACACAACUGUGCACAAGGGAUAUACCCCACCCCGUUUCAAUGGCUGAUGGUUGCUUCUAGGACUGAGACGUGUGUUCGUUUCCUUUCGUCUAUGCAAACAGAAAAGCAAACAAAACCCAGAAGCUCCCCAUCUUCCCCUAAUAUGCUGAGCAGCACAUCUAUUUUGGCCUUUGUGCCACUGUGUGUGUGGGGGGGGGUCACCUCACAUUUUCACAAGCUCUGAUGAUGGCAAAGCCAGGCCUAUGGGGCAGUUCAUGUGAAAAGCACCAAAGCAUUCCUUGAAGAUGUUGUUGCAUAGGCAUGGUCCUCCUGCUAUUCCCAGCCUAUUGGGAGGGAGGAAGCUCUGCCACCUUUUCCUUGGUGAGCGAGAGAAUACUAGUGUCAGAAUUCUGUACUCUUCCUGACUGUGUGGGGGAGAAGAGCAGUAAAGGAACAGAAAUAGCUGCAUCUAAUUACACAUGCAUUUCAGCGAUGCCAUCUCCAUGGUCAAUCCCUAGGCGGCACCUGUUGGGGAUAAAUGUUAUUAAGUUUACUGGGUUGCAGCUGCCAAAAUGAGACUAGCUUGUACAUUUGGGCCUCAACAAAUUCUUAAGCCACCUUCCCCAUCAGAUUGGGUCCAAACUAUUGGGAAAAGAUCCAUCUGGAGUGUGUGGGUGCUUUGUAUACUACUUUUUAAAUUUCUGGUUAGUUUUAAGCUGUUAAAUUAGGUUAGUUCAUUUGUAUUAUUUUAUACAAACUUGUGUGGAUUGAUUUUUUGGUAAUUAUUUAUUAGUGUUAUAUUUCUAAUUGUGUAUGUGUGUGUGUGUGUGUGUGUGUGAGAGAGAGAGAGAGAGAGAGAGAGAGAGAGAGAGAGAGAGAGAGAAUGGCUAUAUUUGUUCACCCAAUAUGUUAUGAACCACUUUGGGCACAAUUUUGUGAGAAAAUGGCAUACAAAUAAACUGACGGUGAUGAUCAGCUCUGAGCAUUUGGAAUAUAAAUUCAAUGAAUAAUAACUAUUAGUUUAUUAAUUAAUCCCCCAACAGGCCUCCAAGGGGAGGAGCUGACUAUGAGGCCUCCUUUGGGAAUUAGGAAUCCUUGCCUAGUACGUAGGUAGAGAGAGCUGUUAGCAUCCAAUCCUAAGAGGAGCCCUGUUCGAUCAGAACAAAGGCCCAUCGAAGGCAGGCCUUCUGCUUCACACAGUGGCCAACCAGAUGUGAAAAGGAAGCUCAGAAGCAGCAGGAGUGGAAUAGCUCACUCCCACUUGUGUUCCUUGGCAGCAGCUAUUGAGAAACAUGCACCUCCAAUAUUGAAAGUAGAAUACAGAGCUAUCAUGACCCACAGCCAUUGAUAGCCUUAUUUUUCAUGCCAUAUCCCAUUGAAGUUGGUGGUCAUCCUUACACGUUGUGGGGGGGGCGAACUCCAUAGUUUUAAUGAUGUCCUUUUAUCUGUCCUGAAUCUCCUCACAUUCAACUUAAUUGGAUGGCCUCAGGUUCCAAUAUUAUAUGAGAGGGAGGAAUGCUCAUCCACAUCCAUUUUCUCUGUACCAAGUAUUACUUUAUACAUUAUCCUUCCUGUCGCCUGCUCCUCACUCACCUAUUUUUCUAAACUAAAAAUCCCCAAACGUCGUAGCCUCUUCUCACUGGGGGAGCUGCUAUGUUACAUCCUCGUGUUGCAUAAGCAUCUUCCCCUAUACCACACGGCGCCACAGCUUGGGUUCAAUGUUCUGCUUUGCCAGUCAUUAAUCUUUGCCAUCUUGGGCUUUUAUAAUUGGAUUUCCCAGGUCACAUGGCGAGAUAAAAAGCCCUCAAAUCCACCGUAACAAAAUUGGGUUACCCACGAAGACUUAGCAGGGAGUGGGGGGAGGGGAAAAGAGCACAGAGCAAGGUGAAGAACUCUGAUGCUACCUUCUUAGCAGUCUUGGACCAGCUGCCUUGCCGCCUGCAGCUGCGGAGCUAAGGCAGCUCCGUGGAAUACCUUCUUCAUCACCCUGGAGGAUUCCGCGUAAGAUACUUUUAUUUUGGUCUUUUUCGUCUCCUCCACCCGGAAAAGGGUGAGUCAACCAAUCUGAAGAGCUGGAACAAACCGAAGAGCUAGAGGGGCUUCAGGAACCAACGGAGGAGGAGGAGGAAGGAGAGGAAGAAGGAGACGGUGAGAUGGGGAGUGGAGCAAGUGCAGAGGAUAAGGAACUUGCCAAGAGGUCCAAAGAACUGGAAAAGAAGCUACAGGAGGAUGCAGAUAAAGAGGCAAAGACAGUCAAGCUGCUACUGCUCGGUAGGUGUGCUGUAAUGAGAUCUUGUAGGGGGUGGGCUGCAAGGGGAACACACCACUGGCGAGCAAAAUGAGAAGGCAGCUCUCUCCUGGGCUUCCUAUACUAUCACACGUUUCCGAAUGAAGAAUUCCAAAGGGAAAACCUAGCUAUUCUAUACCAACAGCUGUGGAUGGGAGAGGAAAGUGUUUCAUUUCAGUAGGGUGCUGGUGGUAAAAAUAAUAAAAAAUGGGAAAGUGCCUUUCAGUUCUGAUUUAACCAUGACGCACAUGGAAUGAAGGCAGCCACCCUCUGUAUGCCAUUUUCCAAAUUAGGCUUUUCCCAGACGAUGACAAAAACUAUGGUUGACGUUGCUGCCAAGCAACAGAUCACUACUGCCCAAAUAGCCAAGGACCUUGAAAUAUGGCAGAGAAAUAGCUUGUUUCAGCACACACUGAGAAACAGAAUUCAAAAAAUAAAAAUAGAAAGUAUGUUUUCCUAAGUAGCACCAGAUGGUUCCUCAUUAGCUUGAUGACCUCCUAAGUCGGCCGAUCAGGCGGAACUCAAGAUCUCUCAGCCCAUUGGCUAGAACAAGAUGUCACAAACACCCCUCUCCAGCAAAGCAGUCUCAGGCACCACAGUUGUCAGAAGAGAUUAAGUGCUUCCAAGGAGAGUCAAUGGCUGGAGGAGAACAAGGAAAGCUAUGGCCCAUGUUAUUUUUGAAUGUGCAAAACCAUGUCUCUUGCAUUCAAUCUCCCUUCACAAGAAGAGGUGGCAAAUUGAUCUGUCAGCCUUUUCACGGCCUUUUCAAAAAGAAGAGGAAUGGAGCCUGACAUAGGUCCCUAUCCUCUCAAAGGUGGAUAUAUAAACACCCUAUCUAAAGGACAUUAGGUAUUCUCAAUUGGCUCUGCCAAAAUAAUACACCCUGAACUUGCCCUUUAAGCCAUCCUAACCUUAUUUUCAUCACCAGCCCAUAAGGACAGUUGUGAGGCUCGAGAGAUGAGGUUAUAAUGUGAUAGUUAUUUGCAGUCAAGUUUUCUUUGAAUGAACAGCAAAGGCUUUUCAGAUCCUUGGGUCUGUGGUGCUGAAGGAAAGGCAUUGGUGUCAAUCCAGGUUUGCUUUCUUAUAGGACUUAGAAAUGAAUUCAUGUUACAAAAUUCAGCCUUUACUUGAUAAUAGCUAUAGAAAUUGAAAGAAGAAUAAGAGUUUGGAUUUGAUAUCCCGCCUUUCACUCCCCUUCAGGAGUCUCAAAGCGGCUAACAUUCUCCUUUCCCUUCCUCCCCCACAACAAACACUCUGUGAGGUGAGUGGGGCUGAGAGACUUCAAAGAAGUGUGACUGGCCCAAGGUCACCCAGCAGCUGCAUGUGGAAGAGCAGAGACGCGAACCCGGUUCCCCAGAUUACGAGACUACCGCUCUUAACCACUACACCACACUGGCUCAGAAUGAAAGCAUUCUGUCUGUUUAUAUUGAUGUUGACUUAGGUAUUAUCCUUUUGCUGAAAGAGUAUUGAUUGAUUCCAGGUACCCUUUGUGCUUUGGGGUUGGUGUUCAGACCAGCAACGGAGGUUUGUCCCUAUGUGGUUUCAGUGUCUAUCCCCUGAACCUCUUGUCACGAAACAUGAAAGAGACCGGCAGAAGGCCAGCAUCAAAAUAGAUUGACUUUGAUUCUAGACAGCUUUACUGAGAGGCAAGAGUGGAUCCUCUCCCCCCCCCCCCCAAGUUGUAAUUCCAUGCAAUGCUGAACAUUCCCACUUGAUAUCUUCAGACACCUUCAGUGAUGCUUCAUGUGCCCCUCAAAGCUGGUUAUUGUCAUAGACUGGCUCCUGACAAUUACCGUAUUUUUUGCACCAUAACACUCACUUUUUUCCUCCUAAAAAGUAAGGAGAAAUGUCUGUGCGUGUUAUGGAGGGAAUGCCUACGGGUGGCAUGCCUACGGAUUUUCCUCCUCUAAAAACUACGUGCAUGUUAUGGUCGAGUGCGUGUUAUAGAGCGAAAAAUACGGUAUUUAGUUUGGUGCAUGAGGUGGAGGGGAGACAAGUAUGGGAGUAUAAAAUUAUGCAUUGUGCAGAGAAAAUGGCUAGAGGAAAGGUUUUGCACCUUCUCUCAUAAUACGAGAGUGACACUGAAUGUCAAGAGAUACAGGACAGAUAGAAGCAAGUAUUUUGCACACCACAUAAACUGCAGUAUUUGCUAGCACAAGAUGUGGUGAUAGCCACCAACCUGGACAGCUUUGGAAGAGAAUUAGAGAAGUUCAUGAAAGAUAAGGCAAUCAAUGGUUGCUCAUCAAUAUGGCUGCAUACUACCUACAGGAUCAAAAGCAGCAGGCCAUCUGAGUAGCAGUUGCUAGGGAGCCACAGCAGAACUGGAAUAUUACCCUCACCUUCUUCUGUCGGCUUACAAUAGGCAUCCGGUUGGCUGCUGUGAGAAGCAGGAUGCCGAACUCAGUUAGCUCUUUGGUAUAAUCCAUCAGGGCUCUUAUGUUCUUAUCUGUGGUUUUUGUGGCUGAUGACUUUCCAAGUAUAACAAGGAUGUGCAGUGCUCCUAGGAGUGUACAUCUUCCCAAGCUCCUGAUUGCUGCACAUAUAAACUCAUCUGAAUGAUGCCCUGCCUGUGUGGCUCAUAGCUGUGAGCUGUUUCCAUAACCCAGGGAUGGGGAAUCUGUGGGCUACCAGAUGUUGCUCUCUGCCAUGAACUAAUCUAGAAUGUGAAUUAGUGGGAAGAAAGUGACUAAUGGAGAUUUUACAGAAGGUGGCACAAAAGAAGUUUGAGACAAGAAAGUGCAUAGUUAAAGAAAGUAGCUGGACAUCUUGUAAAGUUGUGCGAGCUCAGUGAAUUUUUGGAGUCCCGUGGUGGGUGACCGUAGGUGCAGCUGAGAUGCAGAAACGAACAGCAGUGCACAGUUUAUUACUGGGCAAAGGAAAGGGAACACCUUGUGCCAGCUCAUUCAAUAGUGGUCUGAAAAGCACAGGCUUCUCCAGACACAAAAGCCUAGAGGAUUUAGGAACACAGAUGUCACACCCAGGCCAGAAAGCCUGUUCACCCACCCAGCCCCUGAGAAUUCAAAGAUCAAGAUAAAAGCACCUCUGGCAUUCUACAUGCAGCAGGAAAAGAUGUUGCCACUCCCGCCUUUUAGCUCAGCCAAGUCAAAGUUUGAGAAAUUAGAAACCACUGCUAUUAGGAACAGUGGGUUGCAUGGAAACUCCUCCUGCAUGGGAAAGAAGCAGGAUCCCAUGUGCUUGCUCCAACAAAAUGGCUUCUUGCAAUAAACCUUCCACAGGAAGAAAAAAAAAGAAGAGCAUAGAUCAAAUAGCUGAAGUAGCAUAUAUCAAAUGUGCAGAUAGCCUGUGCUUGCCUGCCACUGUGCAACAUGGGUUCCUUCAGGUGACAGCAGGGAGGUUAGGAUCAGGGUGAUUAAGUCCUAAUUCUAAGCAGCUUCCUGUUUUGGAAUAAGCAGCUUAAGGUGAUGAGAUGAGGAAACAUACUGUGGCUGCUGAAGAAGACUGAAGGGCAAGCGAAGAAGAUAACUGUUGAGAAGUAGAGCUGGGUGGGGAACCUCAGGCCCUUUAUCUGGCCCUAGGAAUUCCCAUCAGACCCAUACCUCCUUUCCAGCCUUUCUCUGCACCCUUCCUUGUGCUUUUGACUAGCUGGAAUGUGUCCCUGAAGUAUGAUAGUACUCAAUUGCCAGGAUGGAGGUGGAGGUGUGUAUGUGUAGCAACCUCUUGACUACUGUUCAAGCAACUGAUCUGUUGCUCCACCCACUUUGGCCUCUGGCUCCACCCACCACUGAGGGCUGCCCAUAAGGCAAUGCUGCCCUCAGGCUGAAAAAGCUUCCCUACUCCUGAAAAAGUGAGCACCUAAAGAACACACACUUCUAAGCCAGCACAUCUAAAACGCAAAUAUCUACUGAUGUGAGGUAAAAUAUGAAUCAGUCCCAGUGGAAGUUACUAUUAUGUAUCUACUUUGCAGCGGUGAGAAGGCCUCUGUAACUAAGCAAAUUUUAAAACAUAAUUGGGACUAUAUUGUUGCCUUUUUAAAAAUAGCCCACAUUGUCUCCAGGUUGUCUCAACUUAGGGCUGUUGGCCGUCACUAGAAUUGGAAUACCUGUAGGUGGAGGUAUGGUUUGAUACAAACGUGGAGAGGGGCAUUUAUAGUGUAAUCCUAUGCAGAAGUAAAUCCUAUUGAUUUCAAUGGGGUUUAUUCACAGGAAAGGAGGUAUAGGAAUGUGGUUCACAAGUGUGCCCUGCUUAGCAAAACCCAGGUACUUCCCUUAAAUGAAAAAGUUGUCUAGACAACUAUCUUGAAGGACUGAUUUUUUGUGUUUAGUUCUAGUACAGAAGGGUGAGGAACCUUCCAGAAGUUGUUGGGAUUCAACUCCAAUACACAGUCUGAUUUGGCCCUAGGGGUAGUAAUGUACAUGGGGUAUUUCCAGCUGACAAUAAAUUCAUGCAUCAUUAAUUCAAUAUGGCAGUAAUGCUAGCUCCCAUGCAACAUCAGCUCCCAUGUAACAGAAGUGAUGGUGGCCUUGCCCAGAGGGCAAUGGUAGCUGAUCCUCAUUAGGACUGGUAGGGCGGAAGGCAGAUGUGCCAACAGUAGGUGGAGCCAGAACCAAUGACAGGCAGAGCCACGGCCUGAUUGGUUGCACUGAACAAGACAGGCAAGUAGGGGCUGGCUUCUGGGGCAGACUGAGGUGGAGGGGCUAUUCCCCAUUCGCCCUAUUAGACCAGCCUCCAUUGCUGAAGGGGGAUAUCUGUACUCUGGUUUGCUGACCGGGGUUAGCCUAAUUAGCACAUCAGUAAAGUGCUGAACCUGCAAAUAAAAUAUAAAAGUAGGGGUGCCAGUUGAGGAGCAGCAGUGGAGAUGGUGUCCCUCCCUGAUUCCAGGCCACAUAUUCCGUGGGAGCACCCCCAUCUACAAGUUUACUGGGCAGCUUUUUUUGGAACUAGAUCCAGGAGCAAACCUUGGAACCAUGCUGUGAACUGCUCCUACGCACUUGCCAGGGGUGAUAUUCAGCAUAGGCCUGGCCUACCUAGUAAUUUCAAAGGCUGGUCUUAGUUUACCUAGUCAUUGUUGGCUUCAGUAUUUAACCUUCUACUUGUGCUGGGUUAACAGACAGCAAUAGAAAUGUUUAGGAGAGAGAGAGAGACAGAAAGAGAUACUGAGAUGGCCUCAUCUCUUGACCUGGGUGCUUAAGGCUGAAUGCCAGCCUGUGAGGAACCACAAUUUGUCUGUGGCCUCAUAUCAUCUGUAGGCAGUCCACCAUCUCCUUGAGUUAGAUAUAAUUCCACAACUACUCGAUUUUGGAAUCUGAAAUGGCACCCUAGGAUGGAGUUGUGUUUCUUACUACUAGUGAUUUCACAAGCAGAAUCCAAGAGCUGCCGUGACAAUCAUACAAUCAAAUUAUUGAGUGCAUUUAGCAUACUAGCUUUCUCUGUGUGUGUGUGUGAGAGGGGGGGGAGAGGGGGGGGAGAUGGACAAAAAGAGAGAUAUCAGUGAGAAAUAACCAAGAAUAGCCAGGUGAGGAUAAGAAAGAAUCUUCCUGCCAGGCCACUUUGCCAUCUAAAUAAUAGGAACAGUGUACACUGCAAGCACCAAGACCACAAAUCCUUAUUAGACUGAAGUUUUGUCUCCUAAACAGUUCAUGCACAGUACUGGGAGGAAACCUGAGGCAUUUCAGAAAUGAAAAAUCAAAAUAUUAAAGCAGCCAGCCAAAAUAUUAAAUCCAGCCUCCACUGGAUCAAAGAGCUUCUAUGAAUGGUUGCAGUUGGGGGGGGGGACCAAUAGCUAAAAUGUUUUGAUUUGAAAGGCAGUUAAAUUGAACUUUUAAUCUACUCCUUGAUGAUACCUGAUGGGUGCUUAUUUUUAUAUUUUUCAUUACAAAUAUUGUGUAUGUGCUUUUAAAAUUCUAUUUUCCCUCUCUGAUUAUUUGCGGGGGGUUAUUGGGUUGUUCUUGUUUUUAUUUUGAUUAUGCAUUUUGUGUUUUUAUAUUGUGAUUUUAUCCUGUGAACUGCCCUGAGUCCUGUGGGUAUGGGCGGUAUAUAAAUAUAAUCAAUACUGUAAUAAUAAUAAUAAUAAUAAUAAUAAUAAUAAUAAUAAUAGGUGGAUACAGAAGGAUCUGCUGUGUCGCUAAGCCCAGCAUGGGGAGGCCCAGCAGAAUGAUUUGGCCUCUAUCCAAAUCCAUUCCCUUGGUAACUUCCUUAGUAAUUACUUUGCCUCUUUAUUCUUAAUGCGUGUCGUAGGAACACUCCCAGCAUUUCCUCUUUUGCUUUCUUGCAUGACAUCCUGGAAAUGGCACAAUCCAUACCCUUUUGCAAGGAAUGCUGCAUUACCAAAGGCUUUCUACUUAUAGAGACUGACAUAGUUGCACGGGGGUGGGGGGUGGGGUGGGGACCAGAUUCCUCCAACUGUCUGCACUGUUCCUUUAACAUGCAUCCCCUGAGAGGCUCGCAUAAUGCUUUCUGUUCCAGCAAUAACUGAAACAUAUUUAACACUUUAUUAGCAAGGCUGUGUCUUCUUCCAUGCAAGAUCUCUUCAAAAAAUCAACACCAGCAUCUUUAGUAGAUACUCCAAGAAGCACACAAUGUUGCUCAGAUCCGAACUAGUUUAGAUUUUUAAAGUUUUUGUUUUGUUUUUUUUAAGAAAAAAAAUGUUUACUCCAGCAUAACUGCAGCAAGACACAAGUAGACAGGGCAUCUUCUCUCUCUAAAACAAAACAAAACAAAAGCCUCAAGAUAAACAUGGAAAGUGUCUGAAGUAUCUGUGUCCAAGAGUAUAUUCCCUAGUGGAAGAUUUGCAACAAACAUCCCAUGUCAUUGGCGCCCCUUUUCAUGCCAAUAGGUCUCUCUAAAGAUGUCCUUGUAUAGCCAGAGAGUGUAAAGUGCAUUUCUUUCAAUUUCCAUAUUGAAUGCAACAAAAACAAUUUAUCAAUAAAAUUAUCUCUUUCGGAAUGGUAUCUCUAAGUUCCAGUUGUUUGGUGGAUUUCUCCAUGAGAGUUGCCACCCAGACCUGCACAGCCACAUUUCCAAAGAGAUGUACUCUAAAGUCUGAUGGGAAAUUUUCUUGCACUUAUUUCAAGCUCUAAAAAAACCCCAUACAAAUAAUGAACUGCUCCCGCUCUCUUUUCUCAUCAAUGAAAUAGACACGACUGGUCAGACUGGCAAACAUCAGCAACUUUCAUUGGCCUAUGAAGGAAUUUUCUAGUUAGCAGUUGGAGCAGUGAUUUUGUGCUUAGCAGUUUGCAUCAAGAGGCUUUACACAUUACAUUUUCAGCAGGGACACGUUACAUGUUCCCGGUAACUCCUUGCUCUUCUAAUCUGUUGUAAUUACAGUGGUACCUCGGGUUAAGUACUUAUUUCGUUCCGGAGCUCCGUUCUUAACCUGAAACUGUUCUUAACCUGAAGCACCACUUUAGCUAAUGGGGCCUCCUGCUGCCGCCACACCGCCAGAGCACGAUUUCUGUUCUCAUCCUGAAGCAAAGUUCUUAACCCGAGGUAAUAUUUCUGGGUUAGCGGAGUCUGUAACCUGAAGCAUAUGUAACCCGAGGUACCACUGUAGUGUAUACACCAUUUUAGAGAGAGAGAAAUGUAGCUUCUUCAAGUGUUAGUUUCAACUCAUAUAUGGUACAGAUCUGUAACAUUUAACUGCAAAAACAGAAAGGCUGCUGAGGGGCGGGUUGCAUUUUAUAAUAGUUUCACAUAUUUUUGUUUCAACUCCCUGCAAAUAAAAAGACUAGGAAAUUAGUCUGAGGGAUUCAAAGCCAAUCUGUUCCUUACUGUGCUAGUUUUCAGUUAGCAGGGAUUGUGUGGGUGUUUUUAACACAGGAGAACAUUAAAUCAUUGAAUCCCCACCUAUAAUCUGAAGCAACAAAACCGUUUCUACCUUAGAACAUUAGACUGUAACUACAGAAGAGAAUGGAGGGGGUCAGGGAUUGAAGGAAAACUGAAACAGGUAUAUUCUUAUUCCUUAGCAAAUAUUCUAAAAUAUAUUGAAGUUUAGGAGGGAGAGAAAAAUGUGAGCUAACUUGUCUUCUGUUCAUAGUCCCUACCUGUGGAAUCUUAAUUGAGAGCAUGUUGAAACUCUGCAAAGGAAUUCUAUGGAGGAUAGUAUUUUAAACUUUGUUGUGCUACGCUGUAAUGCUAGGAAGGAAAGACAGGGAGGGAGGAGAGGGGGAAUGGAAGCAAGACUAACACCAUAUCUUCUGAAACCGUUUGCCACAUCAUUCUCCUGCAUGUGUGGAUUAGGCUCAGUCAAUAAAGUAGUCUUUCAGAAUAAUUUCAUAGGGAGAGAAAAAAUAUUACUGGUACAUAUUAAUGGUUGAUGUAGAAAUAAUAUAUGAAGGAGUCAGGUCCAACAGCAACAGGCUUUACUGCAGUUAUAAAUAAAGUUGUAGACAGGUCUUCAACUUGAAUUAGGAAUGCUUCAGUAUUCAGGGUGGGAUGUCUUUUAAUAGGCCAAGGCUCCUCUUUGGGAUGUAUCUCAAGACACAUCAAACAAUGAACACACCACCCUGCUUAUAUUACUAAGGAAGCCUUUGCCCUCCCAGAUAUCUGGGACUGGACUUCAAUGCUGGGUUGAACCUCAGUUACUUCACAAAGAAUGGGGUGUGUGGUAUUGCCAAAAUGCAGGGUAAUAGUGAGCAACAACGCCUCUUGCAGCAUGUCUCAAGCUCUUUGGGCUGUUGAGUUUGCUAGCCUAUGCUCCUGUUCCCCACAAUGCAUAAUUUCCUCUCCCCCCCCCCAACCAUCAUGCCCACCUUACAUCCCUUACAUCGCUUUCAAAAUCUCAAGUUAAAAAUCUGAAUUAGGUGCACAAAAUUGCAAAACACCACCUUUCAGAAAGCCAGCUGGAUAUAAGCACAAAUGAAGUGUGCCAAUUUGACCUAUCUAAUGUCACCUGCAGUUUCUAAAGCUCCUGUAUACUGCCGUAUCAUUUACCCUAGGUGUUGCUUAAGAAGGUGUGCAGCUGUCUUGCUCAAGCAACUAACUGUCCACGUGAAUAGUCCAUCCAUAUGUGCAUCAGAGGAGGAGGUAGUGAUCACUGAUGUUCCUCCACAAACACGAAGCCACAUGUCCCCUCUGAUCUUAUGUCACCCAUAUGAAUAGGCCAUGGGCAUUUAUUUGCAUGAGUAAGCCUGGUGACCUAACGUCUGAACUGGGGAACUUGGCAAUGGAAAGACAUUCCAGUAAGAAAAUAUAAAAUAGUUAAGUGCCAAGACAAAAUGACCCCUGUCUUUUUGCAUAGUGAUCUGCGUGUGUAUCUUUCCCCAUAUUCUGCCAUUAAUCUGUUUCCUUUUACUUCUUCCAGGUGCUGGAGAGUCGGGCAAGAGUACAAUUGUCAAACAGAUGAAGUGAGUAUUGCCUUCUAGACUGGGGACCAAGAGUCCUAAAAACAGGGGCGUCCUUCAGCCCUUUCCUCCUGCGCUGCUAUCCCACACCAACCCAGAGUAGCACAUUUAGAGGCUGUUGUUGGCAAGCGGACUGAGCUGGGACAAAUAACUUAAACAGAUUAUGGAAGGCUUAAAACACAAAUAAAAAUAGCAUUUAGUUAAAAGCAAGCUAGGGCAACAUGGAAUAACUGCUUGCUUCACAAGCUGAUCCUGAGCAGGAUAAGGAAGAAAUAAUGCUUUAUAUGCUAUAGCACAGAGAUGGGGAACCUGUUGCCCUCUAGAUGUUGCUGGACUACAACUCCCGUCAUCCCUGACCAUUGGCCAUGCUGACUGGGACUAAUGGGAAUUGUAGUCCACAACAUCUGGAGGGCACCAGAUCCCCAGUUCCUGCUAUAGCGGAUUCAUUGACUAAUUUACAUUAAUUUCCCUGCACAUGGUUUUAGUAAUCCUCAUAAUAAUAAGCCUGCAAUAAAGGCUGUUGACAAAGUCCAUAAUGUCAGAUUUCUAAGCCCUGUGGCUUAUGAACUGACAAACAAACAGCAAAAGAUGAAUGCAGUUCUGUUACUCUUCCUUUAGUAGCCUUUAGUAUUCCCUGGGAUACUCAAAACUUUCUGGGAACUUAGAUUUAACACCAGAGUGAAAGUGCAAACCAUACAGGAAGAGGCAUCUUAAACUGUAGCAGUAACCAAUGUGACUACACCCACACCCACCCACCCACCUACCCUACUCAUGAAUUCCAACAAUAGAAAAGUGACCUACAAACUUAACGGCCAUCAUUUAAUACACAGGCCUUCAGUGGAAGGGCAGCUAAUUAUAUAUCAUGAGGCAUCUUGGCAACAUUUUCCUACAAGUCCUUUAUAGGUGAUGACCUUAUACAUCAUAUCUGUCCAUGUAUCUAGGACUUAACAGCCUUCACAUUCAAGUAACAUACAAAUAAAACUCAAGGCCUUUCAAUGGGAUAGACAGUAUUCUCAUUUUUGCUGCACAAUUAAUGGGAGCCAUUUAUUGUUAUGGGAAAAUGUCAAAACUGCUGCCCCAUGGCGUACAAUCAGGCAUGGGGCAAAAUGUGUUCUUCACCCAGACAUGGUCAUCUCAGCCAACGUGGUUUGGGGCAGGCUUUACUCUGUGAUGUCUUAGAUUAUGGUCCUUUUAAAAAACUUUCUUCCCCCAAUGCAAAUAGAUGCCAUUUAUUAUGCAUCUCUAUAAAAUGGAUAGAACUUCUCAAGAAGAUCCAGAGUGGUUAUUUCAUCUAUGGCGACUAUUCCCCCCCCCCCCCCAUUCUUACCCAGGAUUAUCCAUCAAGAUGGUUACACGGAAGAAGAAUGUUUGGAGUUCAAAGCAGUUAUUUAUGGCAACAUCUUGCAGUCCAUCUUGGCCAUCAUCAGAGCCAUGACCACCCUGGGGAUUGAUUAUGCGGAUUCUAGCCGAGCGGUCAGUAUCCUUGUGCAUGACAGCAGCAUGUUUUCGUUGAGCGAAUGAGGAUCUCUGGGAAAGGCGAGGGCCAAGGCAUUUGCAGCUACAAUGUGGCUGAUGUGCUAAAAAGGGACCUGCUAUUAAAGUUUGUUUAUUUGUGUUCAAGGUCAAUAUGUAUAAUCAUACAAAAGGAAUGCCAUUGCCGCUAGAUACGUUUCCUAUCUUUAUUUCCAUGGGAUGUUCUGAAUAAAAAAUAGGUAGGAAAGGACAGGUGGAAUAUCCAAGCACCAGAACAGUAAGAGUUAGUGUAACUGUGAUCUCAAUGCACUGGGCCGCACACUUCAUAAGAUAUCAAAAAGAGAUAGAUUUGGGCUUCAGCCUCAAGUCGAAGCAGCUAUGGGAUGAUGCCACCUGGUGGCUAAAGACCACUUUUCAAGAGCAGUAGCCAUAGAUUCACUGGAGCUGAUUCAUAGAAGGGCUGUAACUCAGCAGUAGAGCAUCUGGUUUGCAUGCAGAAGGUCCCCAGCAUCUCUGGAAUGGGUUGGGAAAGAUUCUCUUGUAUGAGAUACAGGUGAGGGCACUGCCAGUCAGUGCAGUCAAUUCGGAGAGAGAUGAACAGCUGGUCUAUAAGGCAGCUUCCUUCGCUCCUAGAAUUAUGGUGUCAGAAUAAGACCUCCAGUGGUACCUAGGCUGUGGCCACAGUUACACUUUACCUUCUCCUACCUAACACCAUUAAUGGUGAGAAUCAAAGUACUUACUGAAAAAGGUAAGAGUGCGAGUGUGCUGGGAUACCACCCAACGCAUGAUGUUUCUGGAAAGAUGCCAUGUUGGAGCAGAUCACUACACAGAAGGUGCCAAGAUGGUAGCACAUACAUCUGCAUCCAUGUGAGUAAUACUGUAAUGUGGAAGCACAGACCAGCUUUCCCCCUACAUGUUACAGCUUAAAUCAUCCGCAGCAGAUCCUUACUGUAUUUGCACCUUCUCAAAAUACUUCACAAGAAAUGCUCAACUUGAGAAACCAUCGACCAACCAUAGGAGGUUUUUUGUUGUUUUUUAAAUCUCCAGACCAAAGUUGAUUUGUUGCAAUUUGGACUUUUUCUUCACUUGUCAAUAAUGGCCCUGGGAAACAACUGUUCCUCCUUUUUUUUAAUGCACUGUUGUCCUCUGAUUUGAUGCAUGCCCAAUAAGAAGACCUUUGCAAAGUCAGAAAGGAGGAAAUUAUGAAGUGCCCAAACUGUGCGGCUAAAAACAGGUUGUGAGGGUGAAAAAUACAAACACUUGACUAUGAGGUUCUGCCAUACCCUUGUCACCAAGGAAACCACAGUCUCCUUACAGGCUUUGUAUCUUUACAGGAUGAGGGGCGACAGCUGUUCAACUUGGCUGACUCCAUCGAAGAAGGAACCAUGCCUCCAGAGCUAGUGGACUGUAUAACCAAACUCUGGAAGGAUGCAGGUGUUCAGGCCUGCUUUGAGCGAGCCGCUGAGUACCAGCUCAAUGACUCUGCCUCCUAGUAAGUUGGUCCCUGUGGAAGCAUAUUGGGGAGGGGAGAGGCAAUAUUGCCAGCACAAGGGGUUGUGGCAGGGAGACUUCAGAGAGAGAGAGACUGCCAUGCAUUUAUAUAGUACAUUUCAGCUUUAGCUAGUGCCCUCCAGAUAUUUUUUGACUACAAAUCCCAUCAGCCCCAAACAUAUGUAGUACACAAAGCAAAUGAACUUGCCCUGUCAGGCUUCUCCAUCUUUUGAAAUGCAGCAAGCUUCUGCAGAUCACUUCUUUCCUUGUGCCUUACCAUAGCGUUCCAUUCAAUGUUGCACAAGAGCUCUACUUGUACAACUAGACUUUUCCCUCCUCCUCUCUCCCCAUGCUUUGGAAGGACCCCCAAUCCUCCAGAGCAGAUCUUGAGGAUGGAGAGGGUGGGGAUGGAGAUGGAAGAGUAAGCUCCGUUGUGCAAGCGGAAGUCUAAUGUGGGAAUGCAACAGGAACCCUGUAUGCAACCCACGAUCUCCAAGCCGGUAGUCCCCUUCCCAUAGAUGCUAAGCAGCACGGGAGUCACUUCCCUGCAGAGAGAUCCCACAUCACUGGAGAGCAGGUGUGAAUGCAGCAACAUGGGUAAGACUAGUCAUUUAAGUAUUUUGCACCUCACUGGCACUCGACAGGGUUGAAAUCCACCAUUUGGCUGGGCUGUUCAUACUUCCCAGGAGUGUGGGAUCAACUCACAGGAAAGAGGCUCCCAUGCAAUUGGCGAGUAUGGAUAAGAGAGGUGACCCCACCCAACAUGUGUGUUAAGAUGCUCUUUGCUUGAAGUGAAAAAGAACAGGAGCAUGACAAAUGGUCCCUAGUCUGCAGACCUCCAGUGCCACAUCACUACUGCUCCAGGGUGCUCUGCAAUUGUGCCACCACAACCAAGCCUUCUAACAAUGCAGCUGGAAGCUUAGGGCAGGUUAGAUGUGCACUGCCUAUUUGCUUUCUGCUGUACACUUCUUAGGGCAGUUUAGGGCCUGGGGAACCAAAAGCGCUGGCUGUGCCCACAGUAAAUAUAAUGGCUGCCAAUUUCCUUGUGGAGCAAUUGACCAGGAGCCAUCCCUUUCUGUUUUUGCUAGCUUUGUUGGCGGAAGUUUGAAACAAACAGAGGUCUAUCCUAGCCAUGACCGAAGGGCUGGCAAAAGCAAACAGCUGCAAAUUUAAACAGAUCCAACCAAAUACAACCGCCUAAUAAACUGCAAAUUAGUAACCCACAACAAUUGCACAAUUCUUGCAGUACCUUAGAGAAGCAGAGAGCCCUGGUAAAUGUUUGCAUGUGUUCUAAGCCACUGCAUUAGCAGAGACAGUAUUGCUGCCCGAGUCCUCUUUAACCUGUUACUCUCCAUUUUUGUAGAAGCAGAACAUUUUGAACCCAGUUCCCAGCUGUUCACAUAUGGUUUUCUGUGCAUAUGAGUAUAAUAUACACAUCACCUAACACUUCCAACCACUUGGAUCUAGACAAGUCAAGGGUAAUUACGUUCAGCCAAAAGGAUGUAGUGGUCCGAUCCUGCAAGAUCUGGGUUCAACACCUUGCUAAGCCAUGAAGACUCCAGAUGGCUUUGGGGAAGAGUCACUCGGCCUCAGCUUCCCAUCUGAAAAAUGGGGAAUACAAAUAGUGAUUUACCUCCCCAAUUUGUGAGGAUGAACAAUUUAUUACAAAGCCCCCACAUGUGCUGUAGACAUUACAGCAUUACAUCUCCAUUUCCUUCUGCAGCUACCUGAACCAACUGGAUAGGAUAUGUGCUCCCGGCUACCUCCCCAACGAACAGGAUGUAUUGCGAUCACGAGUUAAGACCACAGGUAUCAUAGAGACAAAGUUUGGUGUCAAAGACCUCAACUUCAGGUGAGAAAGAAAACCCUUCUAGGUAGCCCUCCUUGCUCUUUAUUCAAUCACAGCACAUUCCAUGUUCCAUCUACCAAAUGGCAACAUGGAUAAACUCUGUUUAUCUUAAAGAUUGUCUCCUCCUGUAUAUGCCUGUUUACAGAGUACACUGUGCUUUAUUCUCAUGUGUGAAGUCCUACUCACUGCACCACUACAGCACAGAAGUGUAGCAGGGCCUUCUUAGUUGUGUCCCCUUACUCUUACGGGAUGCCCUUCCCAAGGAAGCCUGCGUGGCCCCAUCACUGAGUGCCCUCAGUUCUCAAAAUGGUCUGUGGCUUCUAUGAUUUUUAUAUUUACUGUCUCUCUGCAGCAACCAUAGGAGUUAUUUCCCCUUUUAAUUGACCUCAGCUUGAUUUUUGUUGGUGGAGCUAUUCUACAUAUUCUGUUUUGCUACUUUUAGCCUUCUGAUUUCUCUUUGGACAUUUACUGUUUCAAUGGUUGCUUGUUAGCUAUUUCCCUGGAGAUCAAAAGGGAUAUACAUUUUUCUAAAUAAAUAUUUUGCCAAUCUGUGUCAGUUUUACAUUUCUGGUAUUAUCUUCAUGUUUUUGUCUGAAUUGUUGCAUUAUGCCUCUGGCCUGAUGAACGGUAAAAUAUUCACCUGUUGUGAGUUCCAAUCAUAUGUUCAUUUAAAGCUACAAUGCUGAGGAAUGACUCCUCCCUUCUAGCAUGCUGUUUCAAAUGGUUACCUUUGAAAAUAAAUAUCAUAAUCAUGACUCUUCUUUCUGCAGGAUGUUUGAUGUAGGUGGGCAGCGGUCUGAGCGCAAAAAGUGGAUCCACUGCUUCGAAGGGGUGACCUGUAUCAUCUUCUGUGGAGCUCUCAGUGCUUAUGACAUGGUGCUGGUAGAAGAUGAUGAAGUGGUAUGUUUUCUCACUCAAACUCUUAUGAGAUUAAUUAUCGCUCCACAAACAUGCCUGCAUCCGCUUUGAAAUCCAACAACCACCACAACAGCUCCCCUGUCCCACAGAAUAAAAAAUAGCGCCAGGAUCAUACCCUUACUUACAUAAAGAGCCUGCCAAAAGUUGUUUUUGAGUAGAGCAGGGAGGAAAAUUAGGGCCUUGGGGGAACUAGUAGUUUGUUUCCAAAUUGUGCUGCUCUGAUGCAAAUCCAGGAAGCAUUGGCUUAACCCCUGCCUGAAAAUAAGUAUGUCUCUGUGAGCAUACAUCCUGGAGGUCUUUAAGCAGAGGCUUGACAACCAUAUGUCAGGAGUGCUCUGAUGGUGUUUCCUGCUUGGCAGGGGGUUGGACUCGAUGGCCCUUGUGGUCUCUUCCAACUCUAUGAUUCUAUGAUUCUAUGAACCUAGAACCAGUUGAUUCCAAUCCUUCCUGUGCACUUUAAGGAUUGGUAAAAGCUUCCAAUUUACAUCAAUGGUGACAUCAAAGGCAGGGCAGGCUUUUCAAGGCACAGGAAGGGUAAGAAUUUUACCCCUAGUUUUACUAAGAAUUCCUCCUGAAAACCCCAACGAUUCUGAAAGGAGAAGUAUACAUCACAAACACUUCCCUAUUGCUGCAAGACCUAUAGGUCAAAUGCUGUUGAACUGUAUUUCUCUGAAUCCUUCUAAGGGAAAAGGAAAUUCUAUUACUUUCGCCAGUAGAACUGGGCUGCUGGAAAUCUUACCAAAAGGAAGACAUAGAAGUUGUGCCAAAAAAAGUGCAUCAGCUAUACAGCCCUCCCCCCUGCCCCCAGUUGAUCAUAGGCUUUCCAUCAAGACUAACUAAAAUAAGAGAAGGAAGCGAUAGAUGAUUUACCCCACCAUAAGCAAAUUUAGUCGCCAAGCACAAAAGGAAAAAAGCAGCAUGUCUGCAGCAACUGUCCACUGAAAGGAGGGAAUCCAAGCUUGUUUUGCAGCCUGUUCCAUACUCUGUAAUUAAAAGGAUCAAAACCUUAUAGAUGCAGUGCUUUCUAACUUAUUUAUAUCGCUGAGAGAGAAAAACAACACAGGAGUUAGAACUUUGGCUAAGAAGAGUAGGCCAAUACUGGUAAGACAGUAGAUCAAUGCCACAGCAACAGCAGUAUUUUAUAAUGUGGGUGUGUUUUUAAACCCCAAAGCCGAGGGCAUUUAGGAAAAAUCCAUCUAUUACAAUUAGAUUAACCAAGAGAGGCAAGUACAUAGAUGCAUCAACCACUGAGCCAAGCAGCUCCAGUAUAGACUUGCUCCAAUUUCAGUUUAAGAACAAGAACAAACCUGUGCAGAAAAUGCCAUGACACAUGUACAAACGUUGCUACUUUUGCUUGGUCACCUCCCAUUUGACUUCACAAUAAAUGGACAUUUUAAAAUUCUGUCUUUCAACAUUGUUCUACGCAACUUUUACAUUUAGAGUUGCAUCCCAAGCUGCAGGAAUGGAAUGGAUUAUCUGAUCAGACCACAGGACUUCUUCCCCUGUAACUCCCUGCUCAUCCUCAGGGGGGCUAUAAGGGGAAUGUUUUGGAAGUAAUUGAGAAGCAUUUGGGGGUAAUGGUCAAGUAUUGUGUCUAGAAGCAUACCCUACGGAUAGAAUAAACAGAUGUUUUACACAAAGUCUUUGAGCUUGCUUGAACUGUGUGGUCUUCCCCUUUAGAACCGCAUGCACGAAUCCUUGCAUCUGUUCAACAGUAUAUGCAAUCACAAGUUCUUUGCUGCCACCUCCAUUAUUCUCUUCCUGAACAAGAAGGACCUCUUUGAGGAAAAGAUCAAGAAAGUACAUCUCAGCAUUUGUUUCCCAGAUUAUGAUGGUGAGUUGGUCGACAGUUUCCUCCUUACAGUAGCCAGUCAUCAAGAGCCAAGAACUGCUUCACAUAUGAUGUAGAAACACACUAAACAUGGGUGAAACAUCAUGUGCCAUCUAUGACUCACUUCCUCCUCUGCUAUAGGAAAGGAGGACUCAACAAGCAUCCCCUCCUCUGGCAGGAGACUGCAUUUGAUCAAAAGCCCUUCUCUGAAUGAGAAACUCUCCAAUAAGCUAUGCCUCUUUCAGCAACAUUUAUAGCCUCUUCCUUGUUUCUCUUACGCACACAGGUCCCAAUACCUUUGAAGAUGCAGGCAACUACAUCAAGCUUCAGUUCCUCGAUCUGAACAUGAGAAAAGAUGUGAAAGAAAUUUACAGUCACAUGACUUGUGCCACAGACACGCAGAACGUCAAAUUUGUAUUUGACGCAGUCACGGAUGUCAUCAUCAAAGAGAACCUCAAGGACUGUGGCCUCUUCUAAGACUCCAGCUUUUUAAGAAGGUAAUUUCCAUUCUAAGGAACAUAAUCAACAAUAGUAGUCCUCCUAUGGAAGAGACUGGUGAAUGGGUAUCUUUAGCACUCACUUAAUUCACAGAGCUGCUCCUGUAAAUUUAAAACCACACUUAACCUUGCAUUUGAGUUUACUCCAGCAGCCCAAGCUCCCCAAUGUUCCUUCAACAAAAAAAACAAAAACCACUUAUUUUAGCAGUUAUCCUUAGCUUCCCCAAAAGUGCAGCAAGUUUUGACUUUGAUGUUAAUUCAUUUUUAGUAAGAAUUUACUGUUCAUUGCAAGAAUUUGGAAAAUGUUUCUGAAUAGGGAGAACUAACCAUAAAUUCUGAGCCAAUUUCCAUGCAGAUGAAUCAGACUGCUCCCCCACUACAAAGUGUAGCAACUACAUCCGAGUAUUUAUAAUGUACAUCAGCCUAAAUGAGAAAUAAAAUCAUUAGCAACCUGACAUUAUAAUUUGUCUCAUGCAUUUAUGUAUUUGUGUAGAAGUCUUUUGUGGUGCUGCAGGAUCUAAAUGUCAUGUUGCAUUGUAUCUAAUUUCUCUAAAUGCUCUCUCACCUUCUUCGUCAAUUAGGAAAAAGGACUUGCAGUUAGCUUCACUGUUCUGCUUGAGCAGAGCCAACGGAGUAAAUAAAAGCCACUCAAAGAGUCCACAUUUUUCUAUAACCUACCCAUGGCACAAACUGUAUACUUCCAAGAACAUGCCACCAAAAGGGCAUGAAGGAACAAAAGCUAAGAGCCUCCCAUCUCUAAGCCAUUUUCUUUGGUAGUUUUCCUCCUUUCUGAAAUUCUCGGCAAUCUGUAAACCCUGACGACAACUUGAAAGAGAGUCAACAGAAUCUUGUCUGCAAACAAUGAAUCAUGCGAUACACUGGACGUUUGUGUGUGCAUACAACUGAGAUCUUUAAAAAGCAUCAACCUUCUGUGGGAACGACACAAUCAGUGCUUUUGUGGAUUCUUCAGCAGAACUUCCGUAUCUAUAAAUGGUCUGAACGGUGAUUCUCAAUGAAAAUCCUAAAGGGUUGAAUGUGCAAGUCCAACAAUUUCUAGAUUACACAUGAAAUCUAAUUAUCAGUGUGCAAAUUAACCAAGAAAGUUAAGUAACAUUUUUCAAACCUUCCAAAUAGAUCAGUUUCAGUUCUUUGGAACUGGUGCAAUUUGUCCCUUCAGCCUUAAGUAAAUAAUUCAUUUUCUUUCUAGUAUCCAGCUUUCCCCAUAUUAGAAGGCCUGGUGAAGUUAAGACUGAUUUUCUUUCUCUACACCAACUCACCCCACUGAGUACAGCAGUACUUAUCCCAACCCAUUGCUUUACUGCUUGCUGUGAGACAAUUGCUCUUGCUGUCUCUCUGGUCCCCGAUGGAAAGAGGUCACAGCAAUGUGUACAAGCACCCUAUUGACACCACAGAGUCAGAAAACUUCUCCACAACAUAGGAAAUAGAAAGAAAACAUACAAACUGGAAAUGGUGACGUCAGGAUUUUCACUCUGCUAUUUAGCACUGUAUCGUUCUUGAUCAUUUGUAAAUAAGUCGUAUGUUACUGUAGAUAGGAUUCUCUUUGUUAUCAAUAUUUACUUCAGAGAAUGGCUUAGGCAGCUACAACUGAAUGUAGAACAUUCGAAAAUAAAGAAACGUGCAUUAAAAAUGUG